UUUCUGCAUUUUCAGUCCGAUCAGAAGGCCGGAAGCUUAAAGGAAGAGGUUGAGGCAAUGCUUCCACAGCUAGAAGAGAUGAGAAAGAGGAAGGUUGAUCGGAUAAAUCAAUUUUCAGAUGUUUUGGGGCAAAUUCAGAAGAUUUCAAGGGAGAUCUCUGGCUCAACACUCCACAAUUCUUCCAAGAUUAUAGUUGAUGAGAGUGACUUAUCACUUAGAAAACUUGAAGAAUUCCAUAACCAAUUACAAGCACUCCAAAAGGAGAAGAGUGAUCGCCUGAAACAGGUCAUGGAGCAUAAAUUCUUGAGUGGAUUGUGUGCAGUGCUUGGUAUGGAUUUCUUGAGUACAGUUAGGGAGGUCCACCCUAGUUUGGAGGAUUCUGAAGCAUCAAAGUGCAUUAGCAAUGAGACUAUUGAUAGGUUGGCCAAUGCCAUACAGAAGUUGAGAGAGGUCAAGAUACAGAGAAUGCAGAAGCUGCAAGAUCUAGCAACUACAAUGUUGGAGCUGUGGAAUUUGAUGGAUACACCUGUAGAAGAGCAACAAGUGUUUCAAAGCGUUACCUGUAACAUUGCUGCUAAAGAACAUGAAAUUAAUGAACCCAAUAACCUCUCUGUGGAUUUCAUCAAUUACGUGGAGGCAGAGGUUGCGAGGCUGGAGGAACUGAAAGAAAGCAAGAUGAAAGAGCUUGUGCUGAAGAAGAGAACAGAGCUAGAAGAGAUUUGCAGAAAAACCCAUGUGGAUGCCGAUGAAGAAACUACAAUGGAAUAUGCAGUUGCCGCAAUUGAGUCUGGGACUGUCGACCCGUCUUGUAUUCUGGAGCAAAUUGAGGCUCAAAUUGCCAAGGUCAAAGAGGAUGCUUUUAGUAGGAAAGAAAUUCUUGACAAGGUUGAUAAAUGGUUGGUUGCUUGUGACGAGGAAAAUUGGCUUGAGGAUUACAACAAGGAUGAGAAUCGCUACAAUGCUGGUAGAGGUGCCCAUCUUACAUUAAAACGUGCAGAGAAAGCUCGGGCAGCAGUUAGCAAGAUCCCAGCCACGGUUGAAGCUUUGGUUGUCAAAACUACAGUGUGGGAAAGAGAAAGAGGGAAAGAAUUCAUGUAUAAUGGAGUUCGUCUACUCUCCAUGCUCGAGGAUUACAACAUUUUAAGACAGGAGAAAGAGCAGGAGCGGAAAAGACAGCGGGAUCAAAAGAAACUUCAGGGGCAGCUAAUAGCAGAGCAGGAGGCACUUUUUGGGUCGAAGCCAAGCCCUUCUAAAACUCCUAGUGCGAGAAAGCUUUCGAGAACAUCCACUGGGUCCACAAAUAGAAGGUUAUCUCUUGGAGGACCUAUGAUGCACACUCAAACUCUUGAUUUUCUUCCACCAACUAAGGCCUCUGCUCAUGGAGCACGACAAACCAAAAAGGCAGAGCGCCCACAUAGCUCUCAUAAUCACCAUCAGGAUGACAGUUUUGCUGCUCUUUCGGCAGGUAGGAGAGGUCUCGAUAUUGCAGGCCUACCAGCAAGGAAACAGUCUCUUUAUUCCACCAACAAUCCUGAACCUGAAACUCCCUCAACACAAAGGAAACCAUUUUCACCAGUCUCUACAAAGCCCAACACGGCUUCUAACUCACUCUUAGAUGAUCAUGUUAAAUUACAGAACAUAAAUUUUGCCAAAAAUGCUCCAAUUAAGACCACGAACUUGCCCUCUACCCCAUCAACCAAUAAACACCAAAUCUCAGCCACUGACGAAGAAAACAGGACCCCUCAGUCCAUUGCUGUGCCUUUCCUAAACACCCCAUCUUCAGUUUCAAUGCCCAUGCAAACUGCAAUGACCCCAAUGCAUAUGGUUUCGGCUACACCAGCCGCUCUUUUUGGCCAUGUUCAGAGGUCACCGGCUGAGAUUGAGUACUCGUUUGAGGAGAGAAGAGCUGGUUUUGUGUAUUGCCAAUAGUCAAGUGUGUUGAACUUUGUUCUAAUCUUGGGCUGGUUUAAUGUUUCUUUGGUUAUGAGCCAAUUGGAGAUGGCUCUUUUGUUGUUGGUUUCUUGUACAGGCGCAGUGGACCUUGGGUGGAAGCUUUUCCAUCAUUUUUUUGGUUAUGUUCCUGGUGUUCUUAUAUCAUGGUCAUGAUUCUAUUAUAUGGACAUGGGCAUGAUUGGAAAAUUAC